AUGGCCCAACAGACAGGCUCUACCCUCUCUCUUCGUGCUCAAGAUGCCUCAGCCGCAGCAGCCCAGAACCUGAUGUGGGACAUCCUAGUCGACACCUGGUGCCCCUCAUCCAACCCAAACGGCUACAUCAACGUCGGCGUCGCAGAGAACGCCCUCAUGCACACCGAACUUCUUGAAUACCUAAACAAGAAUCCAGAAAUACCAGCCGAAUAUCUCACCUACAACGACGGCGGCGGCGGCUCAAACAGACUUCGGCGCGCGAUCGCCCAAUUUCUAAACCGCCACUUGAAGCCCGUCACACCGCUUGAUGCGGAGCAGUUAGUCGUUACGAACGGCGUCUCCCCCGCCAUCGAACAUGUCUCGUGGGCGUUUGCGGAUCCCGGAGAGGGAAUUCUGCUUGGAAGGCCGUUCUACGGCACUUUCAUUCCUGAUCUCUCGACGCGGCCUGGUGCAACGGUCGUCCCUGUGAAUUUCGACGACGUGGAUCCGUUUAGUGCGGAGGCUGUUUCGAAAUAUGAAGAUGCCCUUCUUUUCUUCCAGGAAUCAACCGGGAAGAGAGUCAAGGCUUUGAUGCUAUGUCACCCACAUAACCCGCUGGGUCGAUGCUACCCCCGCGAGGUGAUUAUCAAGUUGAUGCAGCUCUGCCAGAAGUAUCAGAUCCAUUUGAUCAGCGACGAGAUCUACGCAUUAUCCGUCUUUGAGAAUACCGUGGACGAGUAUCCUCCACCGGCCAAAUUCGAGUCCGCGCUCUCAAUCGAUUUGAACAAUAUCAUUGAUCCCAAGCUCGUGCAUGUACUUUGGGGCAUGAGCAAAGACUUUGGCGCAAACGGGAUCCGUCUCGGCGUGAUAAUUUCCCAAUUCAGCGCCGAAUUUCACGGUGCGCUCAGGGCGAUAUCGCUUUACUCGUAUUCCUCAGGAAUCGCAGAUCACAUGGUCGCUGGUCUAUUGGAAGAUGACGCGUUCACAGAGUCAUAUAUCAAAGAGAACCAAAAGAGGCUCUCAGAGUCUUACGCAUUCGCGGUGGAAUUCUUGAAGAAAAAUGGCAUCGAGCACGCGACUGGUUGUAAUGCUGCGUUUUUCCUUUGGGUGGAUCUGGGAAAGAGAUAUAGGGAGUUGCAUCCGGAGAUACUUGCGGAGGAGGAGGUUGGAGAGAAGAUUAUGCAGCGGUUGUUGCAGGAGAAGGUGUUUUUAGCUAGUGGGGCGUUGUUUGGGUCGGAGAAGGAUGGAUGGUUUAGGAUUGUGUUCACGCAGCCGAGGGAUUAUUUGGAGCUUGCGCUGAAGAAGAUUGUUAAAGCUGUGGAAGAGUGA